AUGUCUUAUUUCUAUUUACACACACACUCUCUCUCUCUCUCUCUCUCUCUCUCUCUCUCUCUCUCUCUCUCUCUCUUAGCAUCAAACUCAUUCCUUGGAACACUUUUUUUUCUUCCUCUGUCCCUCUGCUGGAUGUCUAAUCAGUAUGACAACUGGUCUCAGCUUCCUCUGUCCCUCUGCUGGAUGUCUAAUCAUGGCAACUGGUCUCAGCUUCCUCUGUCCCUCUGCUGGAUGUCUAAUCAGUAUGACAACUGGUCUCAGCUUCCUCUGUCCCUCUGCUGGAUGUCUAAUCAGUAUGGCAACUGGUCUCAGCUUCCUCUGUCCCUCUGCUGGAUGUCUAAUCAGUAUGACAACUGGUCUCAACUUCCUCUGUCCUCUGCUGGAUGUCUGACAACUGGUCUCAGCUUCCUCUGUCCCUCUGCUGGAUGUCUAAUCAGUAUGACAACUGGUCUCAGCUUCCUCUGUCCCUCUGCUGGAUGUCUAAUCAGUAUGGCAACUGGUCUCAGCUUCCUCUGUCCCUCUGCUGGAUGUCUAAUCAGUAUGACAACUGGUCUCAGCUUCCUCUGUCCCUCUGCUGGAUGUCUAAUCAGUAUGGCAACUGGUCUCAGCUUCCUCUGUCCCUCUGCUGGAUGUCUAAUCAGUAUGACAACUGGUCUCAGCUUCCUCUGUCUCUCUGCUGGAUGUCUAAUCAGUAUGACAACUAGUCUCAGCUUCUUCUGUCCCUCUGCUGAAUGUCUACCCAGUAUGACAACUCGUCUCAGCUACCUCUGUCUCUCUGCUGGAUGUAUAACUAGUAUGCCAACUGGUCUCAGCUUCCCCUGUCCCUCUGCUUGGGUGUCUAACCAGUGUGACAACUGGUCUCAGCUUUCUUUUGCCCCUGCUGAAUAA